UAUCUCAGUUUUGUAACAUAAAAAUAGAGACAGUAAUUUUAAUAAAGCAAAUAAUUUAAUAUUAUCACAUCAUAGAAAAAUACAGUUAUCUACUAAUUUUAUUUAACACAUUUAAUUGAUCAUUUCAUGAAAUAAUCUGAAUGCUAUGGCAUGAUGACCAGUUAGACCGGUAAAAACUGAUAAUUUUUAUACACCUGGAAAUAAAGAAUUUUCGUUCCACCUAAACAUAAAGAAUAGAAAUAUUAUCUAUUUUCACUGAAAAGGUACAAGCUAAUGACAUCAAAUUUUACAAACUACUUAACCAUAGUAGGAACUUCAUAAUAAGAAAAUGUAUUUCCUGAACUGAAAAGUCGUGCAUGUUGUUGAGAUUAUUCUCUGAAAACAUAUGAACCAGUCUGGCAUAAUUUAAGUGGCUAAUUAAUUGAAAUUGCUAUAUUUUUAUGCUAUAUAUGUUUACCUUACCAAAAACAACAACAGCAACAACAACUAACAUCUUUUAUCAAACAUGCCAUUACAUUGAUCCUUAAACAUACAACUGAAGUGAGUAGGAGCAACAUUAAUGGCUGUAACUGGAUAACUGAAUAAACUGUUAUAUAUACAGAGAAUGAAAUAGUAUUCACCCUUAGGAAGGAAAUUCUGACACAUGGGAUGAAACUUGAGGAUAUUAUGAUAAAUGAAAUAAGCCAGUCAGACACACACACACACACAACAUGGAUGGAUAUUGUGGAUGGUCAUACAACAAUAUGAUUAUACUUGAAGGCACUGUACUGACUGUGCACUUAAAAAGUUAAUAUGAUGGAAGAAUAUAAUUUAAGAAACUUGUCCAACACCCUACAGUUAUGAAAUUACAGAUUGAUUUUUUUAAAGAUAUUUAAACUUGAUGAAUCUUCAACACUAAGGAAGGUUGAAAAAACAGAAAUGAAAGAUAUCAAGUGAAAGAAAUGAGUUAGGAGGCUUUGAAGUCUUUCAGCAAAGUGACACUGAGGACUAUAAUUAGAGAUUUUGUAUAGUACCUACGUGUAGAAAGUACAUGUUAUUGCAUUUUCUAAGAAGUAAAAAGAAAAAAAAUGUGCAUGUUAGAGAUACCAGGGUGUGAAUAUCACAAAGUUUUGUCAAAUGUAGAAUUUAUUUGUCAAGAAGGAAAUAUGUAUAUUUCCAUGAUAUUUUAAACAACCAAAUAAAACCCUCAGGUAUUGUGCUGCCAGUAAAAUUAUGAUGCUCAAGUAAUGCACCCUGGUAUCCACUGACCCACUUGCACUGCAUUUCCCAGUCAUGAUUGGCAUUUGAGUUUAGGGUGGAUACGAAAAGUGGAGGCAAAGGGAAUGCCCAUGGAAGAGAUAGGCUCCUUCUGCCAUGUAACUUUACUGAAUUAGACCAUAUCCUUGAGAUUGAAUCAGCAUAGAUAUGCAGGUGUGUCCACAUUUAUUCAAAAAGUUAGAAAACAUCCUGCACCAGCAGAUCUAAGAGGAAAAUGCCUAUAAAGAUUUCAUUUCUCUUGAGACUGAAGAAAAAACUAAUUUAUCUCUGUGAUUGGAUAAAGAUCUUACUUUUCUUUAUCCUCCUUUACCUGGUAAAGGUUAUGCUUGUGGACUGAUGAGAAAAAGUCUCAUUGCAACGAAGUACCUUGUACAGUUAAUGAAAAUGUGUAUUUACCAUUAUACUCUUACAUUGCAAAGAAAUAAAAAAUAUCCAAGAAUGUCAGUACUGUUUUCAGUCUAUCACGUAUAAAGGAGGACUAAAUGUGUUCGCAACUCCAAAUUAAGUAUGUUUUCAUUUGCAGACUUAGUCUUUCCAGACCUAAGAACAUAAGUCACCCUGUUUAGAAAGUUAAAAAAGUCUUCUUGGAUUAAGUCAGGGGAAACCACCUGAUUUUGGUAGGUUUCAAUGAGUUUUGGUAUGUUAUAGACCCACAACCUUCAUAAUCAAGGAUGUAGUUUUAUAUAAUGAAAUAUGUUGACCUAAUUCAGCUCCUAAAAUAUUGACUAUGCAUGAUGUAACUCAAGCACAAAUAAAAUGACAAAUUAUGUGAAUCAUUUCAUUCCCACUCACUUAUGAUGGUAUCAGAUAAAGCAAAAUCAUUCUGGCAGGUCACUUGCAACUUAUCCAGAACGUGGAUUUGUUAUAUAAAAUUAAUCAGUACUCAGCCUGAGAAGAAUUUAUAAUAAAUCCUUGGAAAUGACAAAAAGUUGAAUUAAUUUUAUGCACAAAUUAGAAUAUUUUGCAAGUGGCAAGUGAAAGAUUUGACAUAGGUUUCAUCGCUUUCACACAAGUACUUUUCAAGAACUAUAUAAGUCAAAUGGAAUACCAUAAAGGAUAAACACUGUCAUCUUUUUCUCCAUUUGCAGUGUCACUCUUAUAUGAAAUCAUGGAAAAUGGGAGCUCUACCUCUUAUUUCAUUCUCCUAGGACUCUUUAAUCACACCACAGCCCACCAAGUCCUCUUCAUGAUGCUUCUGGCCAUCGUUUUGACCUCCCUGUUUGGCAAUGCCCUCAUGAUUCUCCUGAUUCACCGGGACUGCCGGCUCCACACGCCCAUGUACUUCCUCCUGAGCCAACUCUCCCUCAUGGACAUGAUGCUGGUUUCCACCACUGUGCCCAAAAUGGCGGCUGACUACCUGACCGGAAAUAAGGCCAUCUCCCCUGCAGGCUGCGGUGCGCAGAUCUUCUUCCUCCCCACGCUGGGGGGUGGAGAGUGCUUCCUCUUAGCAGCCAUGGCCUAUGACCGCUACGCGGCUGUCUGCCACCCACUCCGAUAUCCCAUGCUCAUGAGCUGGCAGCUGUGCCUGAGGAUGACCAUGUUGUCUUGGCUCCUGGGUGCAGCUGACGGGCUCCUGCAGGCUGCUGCUUCCCUGAGCUUCCCGUAUUGUGGGGCACACGAGCUCGAUCAUUUCUUCUGCGAGGCCCCCGUGCUGGUGCGUUUGGCUUGUGCUGACACUUCAGUCUUCGAAAACGCCAUGUACAUCUGCUGUGUGUUAAUGCUCCUGGUCCCCUUGUCCCUCAUCUUGUCCUCCUAUGGUCUCAUCCUCGCCGCUGUUCUCCACAUGCGCUCUACAGAAGCCCGCAAGAAGGCCUUUGCCACCUGCUCUUCACAUGUGGCUGUGGUGGGACUCUUUUAUGGAGCUGCCAUUUUUACCUACAUGAGACCCAAAUCUCAUAGGUCCACUAACCACGAUAAGGUUGUGUCAGCCUUCUAUACUGUGUUCACCCCUUUGCUAAACCCCCUCAUCUACAGUGUGAGGAACAGUGAGGUCAAGGGAGCCCUGACAAGGUGUAUGGGUCAGUGUGUGGCCUUAAGUCAUGAAUAAGAAUAUAUAUAUUUGCCCCAACAUUCAAAACUGUGCAAAGUGUUUGUGUGGAAUUUCCUAGAGAUAAGGAAUAUACACUUUUGUAUCUACAUCUGUUGUGUCUCUUUCUGUCUCUCUGUGUGUUUGUGUAUGUGUGUGUAUGUGUUGCUUUAAAUUGCAGAUGAAUCUUCAUUCCUUGGGUUCAUUUACUCAGCUAUCAUUAUCCAAUCAAAUUGUGGAUUGUUAAAAAUCGGUGAAAUCACUAAUUUUUAGUAAGAUGGUUUUACGUCCUACCUCACAAUAAUAUUUUGUGCAAAGAAUGAAUUAACCAUUCGAGCAGUUUUGAAGGUUAAUUGUUGCCAUUUGUUUCAAAUUGAGGUGUAGCUUACACACAGCAGAAUUCUCACAUUUAAGGUGUUCCUUUUCAACUGAUUUCCACAAAUAUCUACCCUGGUAAUUACGCAUUAUCAAGAGAUACCAUUUUCACCACCUCAGAAAGGUCCUGCAGGCCCUUUUCCAGUGAUACCCCAGGCCUAAGAUACACCCACUGCUCUAAUUUUUAUCUCUGUUCAUUAGUUUGGGCUAUUCUAAAAUUUCAUAUCAAAGGAAACCAGUAGUAUUGUCUUGAAUCUUGUUUCCUUCUUUCAGCUUAAUAUAUUUCUAAAAUCCCUCCACAUUUUUACCUCAUUGAUAUGUUGCUCUUCUUUUACUGCUAAGUAGUAUUUCGUUUUCGGAAAAUUUCAUCAUUUGUUUAUCCAUUAUUUUGCUGAUGGGCAUCUGGGCUAUUAUAAGUUUGAAGCUCUUAUGAUUGAAAUGUCUGUUAAUCUCCUAUUUGUAAUAAUAUGUUUUUAUUUUUCUUGGUAGGUGUCUGAUGAACUCUAGUAAACUGUUUUCAAAGUGAUUGUUUACUCUUAUACUGCCACUGACAAUGCACACAAGUUCCAGUUGCUACAAAUAUUGAUGUUUUCUUCAUUUUAGCAAUUCUUCUGAGUGUAGUAGGAACUGAGUUUGCUUAUAAUUUGCAUUUUCCUGAUGACUAAUAAUGGUGAGGCCUCUUGCAUUAGCUUAUUUUCUAUUGCCUAGUGAUAUAAACUGUCUAUUUCAGUUUUUGGAAAAAAAAAUCUAUAUAUGCUUCCAGAGCAAAAACAACUUGGUUAUUAAUUAAUAGGCAAUCUAUGGCAUUCAUAGGACUACUUGGAAUUUUGGAAAUAAAAUCAUAUAUUGGGUUAUUUGUUAUUAUAUUUCCUGACACGUGUUAUCAUUCAAUGCCUGAAGCUUUGCUAUUUUAUUAAACCAGGUAUUUAGUACAUCUCUUUCACCUCCUGCAUUCUGCUUAAAGCUAUAAAUCUGUUUGUUUUAAUUAUCAGUUGUAACAGAACAUUCCACUUCACUGGAGGAA